AAUGAAAACCUCACAAAAGUUUACAUAAAUUCGCAUUUAAAGUAUAAUAAUAAUAAUAAUUAAAGACAGUGCAAAAGGGUUUUACAACAUAUGAAAAACUAUUGCUAAAAAAAAAAAAAAAAGUAAAAAAAUACAUAAAUUAAAAUUGAGCCCUAAAUUGGAGAUUACAAAUGUGUCCCAAAACAUUAAGCAUUAAAAUAAAUUAUAAUUUAUAAUUUAUGCAAAGAAACAUUUAUGAAUUUCCCUAAAGUUGCAUUCGCAUUAAAAAUGAAAUAAAAUCGCCAUAAAAAUGCGGACAUGAUAAAUGGACAGCAACAAAAGCCAAUAUACCCCAUUGCCAUUGCCGUAACAGCUCCCAUUGCCUCUUCAGCGCCUCCAGCCCUUGCCCUCUCUUGCCCGCUCUUUUGCUCAUUGGCUCUAGCUGUAAAUUAAACGCCAAAGUCAAUACUUAAUUGCCUUUGUUGGCCAUAAACAUUAUUGUUUAUACUGCGCGCGAGUGUGGGCACAUAUAAACAAAUAUUGCGCAAGAGGAAGACACCCAAACUGACAGAGACAAAGAGAGAGAGAGAGAGAGAGAGAGAGACAGAGACAGAGAGGAAUAGAGAGAAAGAAGCGACGAGUCUCAUUCACAGAAAUUUCAAUUGGAGCAAAACAGCAAAGCAGAAAAUAUAUAGCAAAAAUUGAAAUAAAUAUCCAUAGCACUUUUUGCUGGCGCCAACAAUUUGCAUAAUUAAAGCGUCGUUCAGAUAGUGAAAAGCAGAUAACGCGAGCUACAGAGCAGCAUGCUUUAAGUGGCCAGCCGAGAUAGAGUUUAGCAAUGCAGGAGACAAACAUGGCCCAGAGACAGCUGGACGAGAGCGUUUCGCUGAAUGAGACGCUGCUCAAGGACUUGGAGAUAACGCGUGGCGACAUUCAGGAUUUCGUAAAGCUGCUCUUCGACUUCCAGAAGAAGAAUCAAACGCAACAGGACGAAUGCCAAGGCUACUGUCAGGGCGAAAUCUACACCUGGCUGCGUGCGUACAAUGGCAUCCACGGCUACGUCUCGCUAUUGAUUUGCAUAUUCGGGACAAUAGCCAACAUACUAAACAUAAUGGUGUUGACCAGAAAGGAAAUGGCCAAGGCGCCCAUUAACAACAUAUUGAAAUGGCUGGCAGUUGCUGAUAUGUUUGUGAUGCUCGAGUACAUACCCUAUACGACAUAUCAAUACAUCUAUAUGAAGCCAGGCGAGAAGGAUUUGAGUUACGCAUGGGCUGUUUAUUUGCUGGUCCACAUGCACUUCACACAGAUUCUGCACACGAUUUCGAUUGGCUUGACUGUUACCCUGGCUGUUUGGCGCUACGUGGCCAUCAGCAAACUAUUUCCAUCUCUAAUCCACAGACAUCCGAAUGGCAGCUGCGCCAAUUUUCUGCUCGCACAUUCCAGGGAGGCGAUUCUCUUCCCCUUUAUCGUCUCGCCCAUUCUCUGUUUGCCCACGUACUUUGUGUUCAAGGUGCGCGAGACACACGAGAUGGACACCAAAGAGCACGAGGCCAUGUAUCAUGUGUACUUCGACACGGACUCUAUGCUAUUUAGAUUCAACUUUUGGAUACAUUCCGUGAUAAUUAAGCUGCUUCCCUGCUUCAUUCUAACCGUUAUCAGUCUGGUUCUGAUGCACGUUCUGUGCGAAGCUUCGCGAAGGCGUCUCAAGCUGAAGGACUACGACAAUCCCACCAAAUACGCCAUUCAGCUAAAUCUUAAUGAAUCAAAGUCUAGGCGACCUCCGCGCUGUGAUCGUCGCAAUGAUCGAACCACUCUCCUCCUGGUGGCUGUGCUGAUACUCUUCCUGGUCACGGAGUUUCCGCAGGGUCUGCUGGGCCUGUUGUCUGGCGUGCUGGAGAAGUGUUUCUUCGCCCAUUGCUAUCCGCCCUUCGGGGAGCUGAUGGAUCUGCUGGCACUCAUCAAUGCGGCUGUGGGCUUCGUCCUCUACGGACUCAUGUCCAAACAGUUUCGCACCACGUUCCGGUCUCUGUUCUUCAAGCGUCACUUCGGCAGCAGCGAGAUGACGCGCCUCACUCGAGUGACCACCACCUGUGUCUAGAAGCGACUGAACAGACGCAGGUCGAGAAGAAGUCAGACAUAGAUGAUGACAGAUCGAUUGAUGAUGAUCGAUCGAUUGCUUCGAUUGAGAUUUCGAAUUGAAUUUGGUUAUGGGGGCAUCUCAAAGAUGCGCUUUGAAGUGAGCUUUGAAAAAGCUCAGCUGAAACUGUGAGCCAGGGCGUUUAGGGUAUACCAAAACUAGGAGAAACCGUCGAGUCGAGUCGACCCGCCGCGUUGCAUAUUUUGUAGGGCAUUAAGUGUCAUUUCCAUUUAGCAGACACAUAAAACGAGUUUUGAAACGAAUUUUUUAAUACAGCUUGAAAUUAGAUGUAUUAUCGAUAUAUAUCGAUUUAUUGAUAUAUAUUCAUAUAAAUAAUUAUUAAUUUACUAAACUGAACUAUUCAUGAUUCUGAGAUAAGAAACGCCAGCGUUUAUUAGCUCUUAAGAAUUAUAUACGAUUUUUUAUGCAUACAUUAAAAAUAAAUUUAAUAAAUAUGUAUAAAAUAAAUAUGUAUAAAAUACGAAAUUAAGAAAUGGAAUUUGACGAAGCGAGAAUUUGUAAGGAGAUAAAUAAAAAAACAAAAUUAUUCAACACUAAUUAUUAAAUAGGAUUUAAAGUUGAGUUUAAAAUUAUAAACU